AACAUUAUACGUUCUUUCGAAUUUUAUUUCAUUUCAUUGUCUUAAAUAAACAAAAUGUUCAAAGUUUAUCUUAUCAGUGGAGUAAUGUACCUAAUUCUUGUUUUCAACUGAGAUUCAAGCUGUUAUCAAUCAUUCAUUAUCCAAGCCCCCCGUUACGAGUAGGUUAUUCUGUAAAUAGUUCGAAUCACAGAACGUGCUCGAAUAAUACACUUGUGCUUAGCACAGUCCAUGACUGAUCCAAAAUAACUUCUGGUUUCGUUUCGGAUAGUUUUGUGGUUCUGUCUGUCCUGUGUAAGUACGGCGAUUGCUAAUCAGUUUUAGAAAGUCAUUAAAAAUUAAAAAGGAUUAAGUUAAGUUCCUACUUACAGUUCCAGUAAAUACGUACGUACCUAGGUAUUAAAUAUUAUUAUAAUGUAAAACAUGUUCGUUAACAUUUUGAAUGACUAUUAUGAGGUCGUUUAAGCUCAUUAGUUUGAUAAUACACCACUAGUGCUACGUAAUGAAAGGCCGUGCUCCUUAUCAUACUUGCUAAUGUUUCGGAGCUGAGUAAACACGACUGGUUGAAUAAUUGUAUGCUUGCAUCAGUCACAAUAUGGCGCUCAGAACCGGUGCUACGUUUCUGAAGCUUAACACGUUACGGCAAGCCAUUCGGGUGCUGUCCACCCAUACGCGGCCGGAAGUUAGCCAUAAUGGCGGGAAAGCGGACUUCCCUGGAGCCAAAGCUCCCUACGUGAAUGAAAUGAAGUUUUUAAAUGAAACCAGUUAUGAUCCUAUUCCCAUCUAUCGAGUGAUAAACAAUAAUGGCGAAAUCAUCGAUAAUAAGGAAGAUCCAAAUAUCGAUAAAGAUACAUUGUUACAUAUGUAUAAAACAAUGGUACAACUGAGCCAAAUGGAUAAAAUUUUGUAUGAGUCUCAAAGACAAGGUCGUAUCUCAUUUUACAUGACCAAUAAUGGUGAAGAAGGUAUGCAUGUUGGUAGUGCAGCAGCUCUUUCUCCUCAUGACUUGGUGUUUGCCCAGUACCGUGAGGUGGGAGUGUUUCUUUAUCGAGGAGUGACCGUCACCGAGCUGGUUAACCAAUGCUAUGGUAACCACGAAGACCCUGGCAAAGGAAGACAGAUGCCAGUACAUUAUGGCAACAAGCACCAUAACUUAGUUACUAUUUCGAGUCCUUUGGCAACUCAGAUGCCCCAAGCUGUAGGCGCUGCGUACGCGCUGAAACGUCAGCCGAACAACGACCGCUGCGUGAUCUGUUACUUCGGAGACGGUGCUGCUUCUGAGGGCGAUGCUCAUGCCGCCUUCAACUUUGCCGCCACUCUUGAUUGCCCUGUCAUUUUAUUCUGCCGAAACAACGGCUACGCCAUAUCGACGCCGACUAGCGAACAGUACCGCGGAGAUGGCAUAGCAUCUCGAGGGCCUUCCAUGGGGCUCAACACAGUUCGCAUUGAUGGCACAGACCCCUUGGCCGUGUACAACGCUGUCAAGCAAGCGAGAGAACUCACCAUCAGUAGCAAUAAGCCUGUCUUGAUUGAAGCUAUGUCUUACAGAGUGGGCCAUCACUCGACCUCUGAUGACAGCAGUGCUUAUAGAUCUUUAGAAGAAAUUGAUAAAUGGACCAAAGAUGAGAGCGCUAUGCAAAAGUUUAAACUUUAUUUACAAAGAAAAGGUCUUUGGGAUGAAGAUGCGGAUAAGGAUUGGACCAAGGAAUCACGUAAUACUGUUGUUAGAACUAUGCAAGAAGCUGAGAAAAAGAAAAAGCCACAUUGGAAAGAAAUGCUUGAAGAUGUCUACUAUGACAUGCCGCCUAGGAUUCAAAAACAAAUGCAGCAGAUGGAAAAGCAUCUAAAUAAAUACAAGGAGCAUUAUCCCCUGAAUCAGUAUCAAAGUGACUAAAUAUAAUUUAAUAAAUGUAUUCUUUUUUUUAAAUACAAUUUACUACCUGUUA